GUCCAUCGCAAUCCCAGGCCUGAUCCAUAUCGCAUAUCAGGGCCCGUGUCCCCCAGAUCCGGCGCUUUGAAAUACAAAAUCGUCGGCUGCUGCGUGUCGAGGCUGCGUUUGCGCUUCUGCUUCUGCAUCAACCUCGUGCCCUGUCUUGUCCCGAACGUUUUUUUUCUGCGCCAAAGCGCCUCUGGCUUCAGGCCCCUCCCCCGAAACAGAAUCGCUCUCUCCUCCUGGCUGCCCUUUUUCGCUGCCGCCCCACCGGAUCAGGCCUAUCAAAAGGACCCCGACAAUGUCGGCCCAAGUCCCCGACCAGGCUUCGGCUCUGUCUCCAGGCCAUGACAACAGCAACAACUUGAAGUCGGCCUCGUCCACCGAUGCCUCGUCGACCACGAGCCCCAACGGCAGCUCCAGCACCGGCCUCAACGUCGGCAGCGCCUCAUCCAGCUCGCAGGUGUCGCCGCCGGUCGGCGAUGCCCUGGAUGCGCCCCGGCCGCUCGUCUGCCGCUGGAACCAGUGCGGCCAGAAGUUUAGCAACGCCGAGACGCUCUAUGAACACAUCUGUGAGCGACAUGUUGGUCGCAAAAGCACAAACAACCUGAGCCUCACUUGCCAGUGGAACUCUUGUCGCACCACUACCGUCAAGCGCGACCACAUCACUUCCCACAUCCGUGUUCACGUUCCCCUGAAGCCUCACAAGUGCGAGUUCUGUGGCAAGUCCUUCAAGCGACCCCAGGACCUGAAGAAGCACGUCAAGACUCAUGCCGAUGACUCGGUUCUCUCACGACCUGGGCCCGAUAACCAACCAGGCAUGAACUACAGACCUCAAGCGCCCAAACCCCCGAGCUAUUAUGAUCACACUGGGCAGAUGCGAAGCCCUGUCGCCGGCUUCCCUCAGCACCACCCUGGGGGCUAUUACGCUCCUCAGCCCUCGACCAACUAUGGUCUUUACUUUAACCAGCAGCAUGUCAACACGGCACCUCGUUCCGAGCACAUUGGCUACUCGGCCAGCUAUGACCGCAAGCGCACUAAUGCUCACGAGCUGGUGGACGACUUCUUUGCCAGCGCCAAGCGCCGCCAGAUCGACCCUACCUCGUAUGCCCAGAUCGGACGCUCUCUGCUCCCUCUUCAGAAUGCCUUGCAGAUUCCCAGCGGGUCCAUGGCCGCCACCGAAUCGUACUUCCCUCAGUCAACCGGUCAUGCUGUAGGGCAUGCCGUCUCCCACGCUGCGCAUGCGCCCGCGCCAAGUCAGAACCCUCUGGCGCAGCAAUACUACCUGCCCAUGCCCAACGCGAGGACUCAGAAGGAUCUCGUCCAGCUCGAGCAUAUCCUAGGCCAGAUGCAAGAUACCGUGUACGAGACGGCUCCCCAAAUCACCGCCGGACUGCACGCUCAUGACGGCCAAUUCGCCGCAUACCGCGGCACAUCGCCCACGACCCUUCACCGCGGUCCAGGCAGCAUGCACAUUGCCACCGAUGGCUACCAUCAUCCCGUCUCAGCGGCAAGCAUGGCGUCGCCUCUGACGGCCAUUUCAUCUACUGGCACUCCUGCAGUGACGCCUCCGUCCAGUGCACUGUCCUAUACCUCGGGCCAUUCUCCAAGCCCCUCUGCCUCUUCGGGAUUCUCACCGCAGUCCCGACACAGCUCGACAGCUUCAUCCAUUCUGUAUCCCAGCCUGCCCACUGGCUUGCCUGCCGUCAGCCAAGGAUUCGGGCAGUCCACCACGGCAACUCUGGGCCCUAGUUUCGACACGGGUGAGCGCCGCCGCUACUCAGGCGGAAUGCUUCAAAGGGCUCGCGGCGCACCACCGCGGUCUUCUGAGGAGCCCAGCGGUGCCGUCACGCCCAAGGCCAGCGAGUCCGCAGCAUCGACUGGAUCUCCAUCUUCGGAGUCUGACACCAGCGAAGCCACUCGUGAGCGAGAGGAGCAGUACGAGAUGUGGGUGGAUAACAUGCGGGUGAUCGAGACCCUCCGCGACUACGUCCGAGGACGUCUCGAGCGCGGGGAGUACGAGGAGGAGUAUCCCGGCCUCGCCAGAAUCCGCAGGGAUGUCGAUGCCAUGGACCUUGGCGGCAAGCCCAAGGGCCCGCUUGGCAACGAACGCCCCAAGUCUAAGGAGGGCAACUCUCUAUACCCCGUCCUUCCUGUUCCUGGAACCUGAACCAUGCUUGGAUCAUGAUGCCUAUGUCUAAAGAGACAUGCUGGCGUUUCCAUUUUCUAUCAUUCUAUCUUCACAAUUCACGUCGAUGGCUGUCGGCGAGUCAAGAUGACGCACUGCAAUAUCUUCGCAUUUGGCGUAUGUGUUACUAGGUCUAUUUUCUGAUUAUUCCCAAUCCACCUAUGUACGAUUCAGGCUGGCUGGAGGUUACC